AUGCCUGUCAGUGAGGUGGAAGAUGACCUCACACGAGCGAUGAGCAAGCUUUGGUCUGUUACUACGAAGGCUGUGAAGAAGUGCAUGGAGGGUAUCCCAAUCAGGGUUGGACGCAAGCUGGAGAAGGAACUCGGAGCGCUCUUUGGCUUGAUGUUCGACGGCUGGUCGCACGCGGGAGUCCAUUACGUUGGACGCUAUGCAGUGUACGAAGCAGAUGGCGAGGUUCGCGUGCCGCUUUUGGGCUUGUCACCCCUUAUGGAUGGUGUACAAACGGCAGAUGCCCACAUCCAGAUGUUCAAUAAUAUUCUCGACGUCUACAAACAAGACAGAGGAUAUGUCGAUGGCGACCAAGAUGGGGUUCCUCUCGUCAGCUGUGCCAGCCAUCUGUUUAAUCUGGCAGUUGGCAAGUAUAUCGCACCGCAUGAGGCUUGGCUGACCGAAGUGCAUGACCUUAUGGUGGAGUUGCGCAAGGAGAACAACCUUGCCGAGCUCAAGAAGCACACGGAGCUUCUACCAGUGAAGCGCAACGUCACGCGUUGGUCUUCGACGUUUGCUAUGGUUGAGCGCUACGUUCGAAUCCGUCAAGAUAUCAAGAAGGUGGACGCCGUGGAGGAACUGAUUCCGACUGAUGGGAAACACCGCAAGCUUCUCGCGUUGCUCGAGCAUCUCAAGAAAUUUGAGAGCGUGUGCAAGAGGCUUCAGCGGGACGAAACCAACAUGGCGGAUGUACGGCUUCUGUUUGACUCUCUCGUUGCCGAGUACCCUGUCAUGGGUGAGCACUUGAAAAGUGCAGCCAAGAUCGUCCAUACACCAGCGUUCGAGGCUGGUGUCGUCAAGGUAAUCAACGGCUCAGCGCUAUCGACGGCAGAAACGACAGUAUUGAAGAGGUUUGCAGUCAAGAACAUCACAGGGAAGAAGCGGAAGGAACGGGAAGAGGACUACGCGUCAAUGCUACUGCAGCGCAAAAAGAAGAAGACAUCGUCAAGCACUGCCAGGAAGAGCAAGCGCCUCGCUCAGAUCGGCCGCCUAGCUGACAGCAGGAUUCAGCAACGCCCUCAGCAGCGCCCUCCCCAGCGCCCUCAGCAACUUCCUCAGCAGGUUCGCCAGGUGACGAUGGCCGAGCUGGUGGGCGAGUGGACGGUAAGUUCCACUGUAAUUGCCACGGUUGCCGACGACACCUCCUCGGCGAGCGACGGCUCCGAGUUUGUAGGCGAAGACCUCUUUACUAUGGAUAUUAUUUACGCUAAAAAGAUGGACGCAAGAGGAAGUGCAUAUUACCUCGUCUCCUGGGUUGGUUUCGAACGCCUGACGUGA